AUUUUUGGAAAAAAAUUUGUUAUCAGUGUGGUGAAUUUUAUUAAAUUUUCGUUUUAAAAUCGAGAAGAAUUACGUUUUUAAUGCCGUAAUUGAAUGAUAUUCUUGAUUUUCGAGAAGUCUACGUCGCCGUAAAUUUGAACAGAAUUCCACUGUACGUGAAAAUAAUAUGAAAAACUUGUAAUACCGAUGUCCACUAAGAAGAGAAGUAUUGACCAAACUUCAGAUUCUUUACCAUAUAAAGUUGUCGAUAGCACUAGACAAACAAAAUAUGGUGUCGUAGCAUCCUCGUACCAAGAUUUAAUCGAUAAAGCUGGCGAAAAAUUCGGCACAUCUUUUACCAAGGUGCUUUUAGAAGAAGAUGGCACAAUUGCCGAUGCAGAAUACUUUGAAACUUUACCAGCUAACACAUGUCUAAUGUUACUGAAGAAUAACGAAGAGUGGGUUCCAGUAUCUCAUAGUUACUUUCAGAAUACGGAGAAUCAAGACUUGACUGAUGGCGUGAAUAAUCCUCGUUUAGUAGAAAUACUAACUCGUUUGAGAAACGAUAUAAGUUACCUUCCACUACUACGAAUCGAAGAUUUAGAAUUACUCACAGAAAUGGAUGUAGAUAGCUUCGGAGAUAUUCCUGAUAAAAAAUUCCUAGAACUAAUUCAAGAAGCCAGUAUUAGAUUUCUUAACGAUAAAAGAGAUGCCAAAGAUGCAAUAGAUGCUUUACGAUUCUUGAAAACGUACUACCCGAGUAUCGAAUCCAACAGCAAAUGAGAUACGAUAAAUCAUCAGUGAGAUUUUCGAUGGCAGAACGUUGAAAUUUUGGAUUCAUUUUGUUGCUAUUGUUCGGAAAUAUUGUUUGUAAUACAUUUUUUGUUUUAAUGUCGAAA